ACAUGUGUAACUGAGUGAUACACCGUAAACCUCUUCUCACACACGCGUCUGAAACCUUUAGAGUUUAGAUCCCCAUUGAAGCCUCUCUGCAAGGGAUCCCAACAACGCGUUUAGGGUUUCUCAGGUGGAGGAGAAACCUCUCUCUCGAUCUAAUCUCCCUCUCGUUGUUCAACAUUAUCUCAAGCACGAGGCUUUGGUGUUAUAUAUUAUAAUCAAAAAGGAACUCUCUUUUUCCUGAUCAUCAUGGACAUGGACAUGGACACUCUUUUGCAUCUGUUAGAGCCUGCUCCAGCCACUCUGAUUCUGACAGCUGUCACCGUGACGUUUGCGUCUGCUUUCCGUGCGCUCAACUACGGCAAAGAGAUGGAAAGGAACCGUGACUUCUCCCAAGCUUCCAUCACGCUAGACACCUCUCAGGCGUUAAUGAUCCCAGUCAUGAGCUCCUGCAGUCUGCUUCUCAUGUUCUAUCUCUUCUCCUCCGUUUCUCAGCUCCUCACCGCCUUCACAGCCGUUGCCUCCGUCUCCUCUCUCUUCUUUUGGCUAUCGCCUUAUGCGCUGUACCUCAAGUCUCAGCUCGGUCUCUCUGAUCCUUUCCUCUCGCGCUGCUGCUCCAAGUCUUUCACGAGGAUGCAAGGGUUGCUGCUGGUGGGUUGUGUCGUGACUGUCGUGGCGUGGCUUGUCUCUGGUCAUUGGGUGUUGAACAAUCUGCUUGGGAUCUCUAUCUGUAUUGCCUUCGUCAGCCAUGUUCGUCUUCCUAACAUCAAAACGUGUGCUAUGCUCCUCGUGUGUCUCUUUGUUUAUGACAUCUUCUGGGUUUUCUUCUCUGAGAGGUUCUUUGGUGCUAACGUUAUGGUCUCCGUGGCUACUCAAAAAGCGUCUAACCCGGUUCAUACGGUAGCCAACAGUUUGAAUCUCCCUGGACUGCAGCUGAUCACAAAGAAACUGGAACUGCCGGUUAAGAUAGUGUUUCCGAGGAACUUAUUGGGCGGUGUGGUGCCUGGUGUGAGUGCCUCGGAGUUCAUGAUGCUUGGUCUUGGUGACAUGGCUAUUCCUGCGAUGCUUUUGGCUUUGGUUCUCUGCUUUGACUAUCGGAAAAGUAGAGAUGUGGUGAAUCUUUUUGAUCUAAAAUCAUCCAAGGGACACAAAUACAUAUGGUAUGCACUUCCUGGAUACGCCAUUGGCUUGGUCUCGGCUCUAGCUGCAGGUGUCUUGACCCACUCACCUCAGCCUGCUCUACUUUAUCUGGUACCAUCUACAUUAGGACCGGUGAUCUUCAUGUCAUGGCGUAGAAAGGAUCUUGCGGAGCUGUGGGAUGGUCCAGCAUUAUCCAAUCCCACUGAGAAAUCUCAUGAAGUAGAGAUCUGAGUUUAUAUAAAUCAAAACAUUGCUCAGCAACAUUUAAAAAGAAACACAGAGACGUUUAGUAGAACGAUAACAGAUCAGGUGUUCUUGUAUUCUCAUGUAAAAAGAAAAAAAUAACACAAGUAUUAUAUCUCGUUUUAUUGCAUUAUAUACAUUA